AUGGACAGCGAGGCUUCUGCAACCACUUCCGCGCAGGCCGAGGGGGAGCUUCGUCCCGGCCAGCUCCUUGCGAAGCAGCAUGCUGAGGAGGAGGCCCGCCGCCAGGCGACUGUCGAAGACGUAGUUGACGAAGAAGACAUUGCCCACCCCCCACCAUCAGCUACCCCGAGAUCUGGAGAGCUUUCUGAGAAAGCUGCCGGGAAGAAGCCAGCGCAAGAGCUCAACACCCAGUCUGAAGAGGCCUUCCCAGCUCUGGGUGCCCCCAAGGCGCGUGCCGCCGCUGUUCCGUCGGCUUGGGGUGGAAAGUCCUCCAACGGGGUCAAUGGUGGCGCCAAUGGCCGUCCGGCAUCCAGCAACGUCUCCUCUCGCGCAUCCACGCCUGCGUCUGGGAUGAUGACGCCGGCUUCUACGGCAGCUUCGCAUACAGUGUCGCUCCCGGGUCGUCACACUGAAAGCAUCGAUUUUGCACCAUCGCAGCUCCAACCAAGGAUCCAGCUGAAGAAGCCUGUACAGGAUGUCCUUCGCGACAUCAAUAGGGGCUCCAAGGCCCGUGUGCAAAUGAAACAGGGCGCAGGUGGUCGGAUCAUAUUCGAGGGUCAAGGUCCUGUCGAGGCUGUCCGUCAAUCGCUCAAGGAGGUGGCUAAAGAGCUCGGUGCAAAGCAAAGCAUCAAAGUCACUAUACCAGCCUCGCUGCGCGGUCACAUCGUCGGCCGAGGCGGUUCCACCAUCCAAGGCAUCAUCAAGCGCACCGGUGCCAAGGUGCAGAUGCCGAGACAGGACGACCCUUCAGCACCGGCAGAUGAUGACGAGAGCGCUACGAUCGAUGUUCUCAUUGAGGGCGACGCUCUAUCCGCGGAAAUGGCUCGCCGAGAGGUUGAGGCGAUUGUCAAUGAACGCACAUCCACCGUGAACAUGCGCCUCAAGGAAAUUCCGGCCGAGCUGUACCCUUUCCUGGCUGGUGCUCAUAACUCCGACAUCAAGAAGUACGAGCCUGAAGGCGUCAACAUACAAAUACCGCAUUACCACACCUGGACUGAACAAGCGCCGAACGUUGUCGCGCGUGGCCAGCCGCUGGCCUUCCCUCCUCAAGCCAACCUCCCUAUCCUCAUCUCUGGCGAGCGUCAAGCUGCUCAAAAAGCGCGUGAGGAAAUCGAAGCGAAUGCGGAAAAGCUGAAGCGCGGAUACGUCAUCAACGAAGUACCAAACAUCGAGCGUGGUAGGCACCAGUUCGUCGUUGGUGAGCGGGGAGGAUCUCUCCAUGACUUCCUCGAGGAGACUGGUUGCUCCGUGAUCCUACCACCCAGUGGCGAUGACAGCGAGACUAUCUAUGUCAUCGGUCCGGAGGGAAGCAUAGAGGGCGCCAUCGCCAAGAUCGACGACAUCACAUCGCAGAUGUCGAUGGCCAACGUCGAUGUUGCUCGUCAACACGGGAACUCCCACGCUCAUGCACGCGACCUUAGCAGGUAUCUUAGGCAACGGCAGGCUAUCGAAGAGCUGGAGAAGAUGCACGACGCAAGCAUAGUGCUUCCGAGCUCUGCGGAUAGCACGAGUUCCUGGAAUAUCUACGCGCGGGAGAACAAGAAUGCUAUGCAAGCCCGCAAGGACGUCAUGGGCGUCAUCAGCGGCUUCCCCCCAAGUCGAUUCGCUAGCGUAGACGUCGAUCCGUUCUAUCACCAACGUCUGCAGCAGCAGCGGGCUGAGCAGAUUCGGCGCGAACACGGUGUACACGUCGUCUUCCCCGAAACGCAUGAGGACUCUCCUCAGCUUCUCCUGGUGUUCGAGCAGCCCGGCUCGCCUUCCGAAUUCGAACUUCCUCGGAAACAGCCAUCCGCAGCUGAGGUCAAGGAAUAUCAAGCAGCCCUGGAAGAGGUCCAGAAGGCCAUCCUCGCUGCCAUCAACGGCCAGGACCAGAUCGCCUCUCGUGACAUUGAAGCUCCGCCCAAGUUCCACGACAAGAUCCGCCGGUACGCCGACCGCGAACAACAGGCGAUUCCCGAUGAUGCUUUCCCGGUCGAACUUCUCUUCGGUGGUUCACGCGCGCAACGUGGGCAGCAACCCUCUGGAAAUGGCAUCUCGGUCCGCGGUCCCUCAUCUUCCGUUGACGACAUGGCCGAAAAGCUUCUUGCUUUCAUUCUUCAGGAAGAGCAGGAUGAACGCGAGCGAGGCUACACUAUGAGCUUCGAGUAUCCGCAGAAAUUCGCAAACUUCCUCAUUGGCAAGCGCGGCGAGAACAUCAGGAAGCUCCGGGAGGAGUUCGAUGUUGAGAUCCAAGUCCACGAUGGCAAGGUCGAUCUCAAAGGACCCCAGGCUAAAUGCGAGGCAGCCAAGAAGGAGAUUCUGACAAUGGCUAAGCGACUAGAGGACGAAGCCACUUACGUGUUGAAGAUCAAGCCGCAGUAUCAUCGCGAUCUUAUCGGCGCUCGUGGCAGCCAGGUAAACCGUUUGCAAGAUCGAUACAACGUGCGGGUCAACUUCCCUCGCUCAGGCCAGAACGAAGAUGCAGAAGCCGAGUCAGGCGGGUCGCAGAAGAACUUCCGGGCCCAGGCGGCGGAUGAGGUCAUCAUUAAGGGACCGAAGCGCGGCGCAGAUGAGGCACGGGAAGAGCUGCUCAACCUGCUUCAGUAUACCAUCGAUAACUCGCACUCGGCCACUGUUUCUGUUGCUCCCGAUCAGAUACCGUCGCUGAUUGGCCAAGGUGGCCGCGAGAUGGAGAACUUGCGCUUGACAACUGGCGCCCAGGUUGACGUCCCUAGUAGGGACCAGGUUGAUGCCUCUGGACGUGCUGAGAUCAAGAUUAGGGGCACGAAGAAAGCGGUUGAAGACGCCAAGAAGAUGCUCGAGGAGCGCGCCAAGGUAUUCGACAACACGGUUACUCGGACCAUUGAGAUCGACAAGAAGCACCAUAAGGCGCUCAUUGGUGGUGGCGGCUCCAACAUCCGCCAAAUUGUCGUCUCAGCCGGCGGCCCCGACGACCGCCGCGAGCUCGCCCGCAUGGUGCGCUUCCCCCGCCCCGAAAGCGCCGAAAACACCAUCCGCGUCGAGGGCCCUACUGCGGUGGUCGACAAGAUCGUCGCCGCGCUCCAAGACUCCGUCAACCAGCGCGAAAACUCCACGACGACUACCAUGGACGUCGCGCCCUCGAAGCACCGGCUCCUCAUCGGCCGCGGCGGCGAGAUCCGGCGCUCACUCGAAUCCCAAUUCAACGUCACCAUCGACGUGCCCAAGCAAUCCGCGACCGGCGCCGCACGCACCGCCGUCAAAGUGACCGGCCAGCCGCCCGAUGUCGAGAAGGCCGUCGAGCACAUCAGCCAGCUCGUCAAGGACCAGGAAGGCGAGAUGGUCAGUGUCCCGCGGAAAUACCACCACCUCGUCGCCGACAACGGCGCCUUUUUCCGCCGCCUCCGCAACGACUUCCGCGUCACCGUCGACCACAAUGGCCAGACGCCCCCCGCGCGUCCCGAGGCGCCACAGCAGCAAGGCCCACGCGGCCGCGUUGCCCAGGGAGGCGCGAUGCCGCUCAUCACGGACGAUGCUUCUGCAGCAGCGCCUGACACGCAUAGCUGGGAGCUCGUCGACGCAGCCGCCAGCCUCCCUGAUGAGGACGGUGAGAUCCCGUGGAUACUGCGCGGGAAUGCGGAGAACGUGGCCCGUGCCAGGGCGGCGCUGGAGCAGGCGCUCAAGGCUGCGCAGACGCCGAGCGUCACGGGGUAUCUGAUCCUGCCGGACCCGGGGCUGUAUCGGUUCGUGGUGGGCCAGGGAGGCAGCACGGUUAACGGGAUUAGGAAGCGCACGGGGACGAGAGUGCAGGUUCCGAAGGGCGGGAAGGGGGAUGAGGCGAUUGAGAUUGUGGGAGAGAAGAAAGGGGUGGAGGAGGCGAGGGAUUUGAUUUUGGAGGCGGUGAGGAACGGGAGUCGUUAG